CCUUGAAAAUGAUCGUGAGCUCGGAGAAAUUGCAAAAAAGGCUUUGAACGCGUUUGAGUUAGGACUUUUACCAAGUAAGGGUAUCCGAGGUUACUCUUAUGAUAAACUGAGGUUUGGGCUUUAUCCAUCAAGAGCAUCUGAGAUGGAAAAAAAGUCUUCAGAUGUUACCAACUUUUGGAAGGAAAUCCAAAAUUUGGAAGAGGAGGAAAACGCAGUUCGUUCCGCCUCAUUAGGGCAUCUCAACAUAUUUGGGAAAACGCUUUCUCGAUAUGCAAAUGCACAGGAAGUAAUAAAUUUGUCAACUAAUCGUCAUCGUAAGCGAAGAACGCAACAAGAAUUACAGGAGUCUUAUGAGGAGUUUGAUACAAUACGAACUGGCAUGUUUUGCUUAA